AUGAUACCCAGGCAAGCAUACGCGCCGACACCGCACAGCUAUGUGCCCAACACGGCAAUGUCGGCCACCAUCAACCUGGAUGAGGAGGUCAAGCUUGCCGACACGCGCGCCGAACGCGACCUGCAGGACUCACUGGCCGAGAUCUUCUCUAUCAUCGUCACCAUUGACGAGCUCGAGAAGGCCUUCCUCAAGGACGCCAUCCCCGAGGCUGACUACACCGAGAUCUGUGAGCGGUCCCUGAAGCAAUAUCGCUCCAUCCUUGCUGAUGAGACCGUCGCCGCUGCGUUUGGUGACUUGGAGGAAUUCAAGGCCGAAUGGGAUCUCGAGGUGCCUCGCGCCACGGAGCGCAUCAGAGUCGGCAUGCCCGCCACGGCGGUGCAGGCAUCCUCCGGCCCGGGGCCCAGCAACAGCCACCGCCAGAGCGGCCUGCAAGGCGCGUCAGGGAACGGCUCGGGCGGCGCGCCGGGAGGUGCGCUCAUUCUCGAGGCCACGCAGGAUUUUAUCACCUUCCUCGACGCGCUGCGUCUGGGACUGCUGGCCAAGGAUCAGCUGCAUCCGCUGCUCACGGAUGUGAUUCAGUCGGUCAACAAGGUCACGGACCGUGACUUUGAGAACAGGGGCAAGAUUGUGCAGUGGCUAAUCACGUUGAAUCAGAUGAAGGCCACGGAGGAGCUCACGGAUACACAGGCUCGCGAACUGGAGCUUGACAUCAACUCGGCUUACCAAGGGUUCAAGAACACUCUCUCCUGA